GCCAUUUGCAAACUUCAAGCUCAGCUUUCAGAGAUGGAUUCCAGAUUUGCUUCUUUGAUUCUCUUCCUUCAUCUGUUGUUUCUGCUGUCUAGCGGAGUUGCUGGGGUACAGGACAAUCAAUUCUGGAUAUAUGACAAGAAAGAUGACAGCACAAUUGGCAAUCAAUUGAGGGCUAUAGAUAAGAAAAUUGAUGCAGUGGAUAAUCAGGCGUGGAUCUAUGACGGAAAAAGUGGUGGAGUCGACAAGCAGCUGUGGAUCUACGAUGGGACAAAUGAGGCAGUAGAUAAUCAGGCAUGGAUCUAUGAUAGGAGAUAUGAUGGAGUGGCCAAACAGCUGUGGAUCUUCAAUGGGAUAAAUGAUGCAGUGGACAAACAGGUGUGGAUCUAUGACAGGAAAAAUGAUGCAGUUGGAGAUACACAAUGGAAUAAAUGA